GCGAUUGAACCUUCCCUUUUUCUCCCUCGGCGUCGUGGAUCAGCAUGCCUCAGAGAGUCUGCUCCAAGACCUACAAGGUCCCCAAGAGGCCUUUUGAAUCCGAACGUCUCGACCAGGAACUCAAGCUUGCUGGAGAGUAUGGUUUGAGGAACAAGCGGGAGCUCUGGCGUGUGGGUUACAGCUUGUCCCACAUUCGUCGUGCUGCUCGUGAGCUCUUGACCCUCGACGAGAAGGACCCUCGCCGCUUGUUCGAGGGCAAUGCUCUUAUCCGCCGGUUGAUACGUACUGGCGUUUUGGACGAGAGCAAGGCCAGGCUCGACUAUGUGCUUGGUCUGAAAAUCGAAGAUUUCCUGGAAAGGCGUCUGCAGACCCAGGUCUUCAAGCUUGGAUUGGCCAAGUCCAUCCACCACGCUCGUGUGCUUAUUCGUCAGAGACACAUUCGCGUCGGCAAGCAGGUCGUGAACAUUCCCAGCUUCAUUGUCCGUUUGGACAGCCAGAAGCACAUCGACUUUGCUCUUACCUCUCCCUACGGUGGUGGCCGUGUUGGCCGUGUGAAGCGCAAGCGUCAAGCCGCUGCUGCCAAGGGUGACGAAGCCGAGGACGAAGAAUAAGCGUUGGGGCCAUAAUUUUCAUCGACUUAGAUGUUUGUACAUGUUUGUCGUUCCCGGUUGCCUGUACGAUUUCGGGGAGCUGGGAGGAGCUGUUCACUUUCUGUUCAAAUAUUACAAUCAUUUUAGGUGCUACGGCACCAAAGUGGAAAA